AUGGUUGAGGUUAUAAAGAUAUGUGGGCUGCAGAGUACGGAAGGUGCGUUGGUUGCUCUUCGGAGCUGUGCGACGCAUGUUGGGAUUAUUUGCGUCCCGGGGCGUAAGAGGACAGUAGAUGCAGAUACUGCCAAGGCGAUAUCAUAUUUAAUCAGGGAAGGAGAGGAAGGAGAGGGACGUCUCAAGACCAAGUUGGUUGGUGUUUUCAAGGAUCAGGGUGUCGAUGAAGUGAAGUCUAUAUGUGAGAGCUAUGGGUUAGAUGUGGUUCAAUUACAUGGGAGUGAGGAUUGGCAACUGUUUCGAGCGGAGCUUCCUGCCAAUAUGGCAAUUAUAAAGAGAUUUGUGUUUCCUAGGGAUUGCGAUAGGAUAUUGGAGAUGUGUUCAAAAGGGCAAAACUGCUUCGCACUGCUAGACACGGAGGAAGGGGGUACUGGCGAGUUGUUGGAUUGGAAGGAGAUUGGCGAGUGGAGCCGAAAGCAUGAUGAAGUCAAAUUUGUGCUUGCAGGUGGGCUGACACCUGAGAAUGUGGGAGAGGCGUUGAAGGUGCCGGGUGUUUGUGGUGUUGAUGUCAGUGGGGGUGUAGAGACUGACGGAGUCAAGGAUGUGAAGAAGAUUGAACAGUUCAUUAGCAGUGCGGCUCAGGACAGGACUGAUGAGCGACUGCAACAAUAUACAGACAAAACAACACACUAG